AUGAUGAUCUGGAAAACUAUCCGGAACGUGUAUCUGCUCAGCGUAGCAGCAGCGCUCUUCGCACCGUCUCUCGCGGCCCCUAAAGAGUACGGAUUGGAAAAAAGGGAGUCUACUAAAUAUGUCUACGCGCAUUUCAUGGUGGGGAUUGUGGAAUUUUAUACAGUCGAUGAUUGGAAAUGGGACAUGGAACUAGCUAAAGACACCGGUAUCGAUGGUUUUGCGCUCAAUUGUGCCAGCAUUGACUCCUACACUCCAACUCAAUUGGCCAACGCCUAUGAAGCUGCCAAACAAGUCGGGUUCAAAGUUUUCAUCUCGUUUGAUUUUGCAUAUUGGAAUAAUGGCCAUGUAGGAAUGAUCACUGACUAUGUCCGCCUAUAUGCGGAUCACCCGGCACAAGCCUUGUAUGAUGGAGGAGCUAUUGUUAGUACUUUCGUUGGCGAUAGUUUCAACUGGCAGCAAGUGAAAAACGGAGUUUCCCAUAAGGUCGCAGCGAUGCCCAUGUUUCAAGAUCCGGCCGGCGUCACUGGUAGGACUGAUGUCGACGGCGCGUUUUCUUGGUUAGCUUGGCCAACAUAUGGUGGCAAUAGCAUCGCCCCUUUGCCAAUGACAACAAUAUGGGACGAUAAAUUCAUCGCAAACUUGGCCGGGAAGCCAUAUAUGAUGCCCGUUUCACCCUGGUUUUCGACCCAUUUUAACUCAAAGAACUGGGUCUUUGUCUGCGAAGAUUUGAUUACGGAGCGAUGGAAGCAGGUCCUACAGCUGAAGCCAGCGUUGAUUGAGAUUAUUACUUGGAACGAUUACGGAGAAUCUCACUAUAUUGGACCCUGGGAGCCAAAUCACACUGAUGACGGAUCCGCAAAAUGGGCGGAUGGAAUGCCCCACGAUGGUUGGCGCAUCAUUACCAAAGCUUACAUCGAGGCAUAUAAGGCUGGGUUGAGCGCUCCUUCGGUAUCUGAAGAUUCUCUGGUUUAUUGGUACCGACCGCAUCCGAAAGCUGCAACUUGCACAUCGGAUACUCUAGGCCGACCGAACGGUGCAGAUAUGCUCUACGACAAUGUCUAUGUAACUACUCUUCUCAUGGCCCCAGCGACCCUCGUUGUUCAGAGCGGCAGCAAUUCUGUGGUCAGAAUUAACGUUCCUGCUGGUGUCUUGACCUCAAACGUUACCAUGGGCAUUGGGACACAGAGAUUCUCGUUAGAACGAGGCGGUCAGGUCAUCAUGGGCGGUACAGGAGGCUUGGAAAUUAAGAAUAGCUGCACCGUAUAUAACUUUAACGUAUACGUCGGCUCUCUUCCGGGAGGUGGUAGCAGCCCGACCUCCACUACAACGACGGCCCGAAGCAGCGCCACCACUCGUGGCAGCACUUCUUCGACUGGUGGCAAUACUUCCACCACCAGAAGUUGCUCGGGGCAAGCCACUCAAACUGCUACCGUAACCACUACUUCUACAACCUACACUACUGUCACUGUAACUUCUAAUCCUGGAGGGCCAACUGGUGUUUGCGUCGCGGGAACUGGUUCGAAUAACUACAUUGGCCUUUGUCAAUUCUGCUGUGGCUAUGGAUAUUGUCCAUCAGGACCUUGCACCUGCUCGGCUUAUGGAGCGCAGGUCCAACCGCCACCUGAAACUGGCAGAACAGGCCUACCCGCCAAUGGUUUAGAUGACUCGUACUCGGGUUUGUGUAGCUUUGCUUGUGACCACGGGUACUGUCCUAGCACUGCUUGCAGGUACGCCUGA